AUGUCCAAUACCACCAAAACCAUCCUCAUUCUUUAUGCUUCUCAAUCUGGCACAUCGGAAUAUCUUUCCAGUCAAUUGUAUGAAAAUUUGAAAUUGAAAUUAUCGGAUAUUGUUCAUAAUAUUCAAUGUGAUUCUAUUGAGAAUUUUGAACAAUACUUUUUCAAUCCACUUCAACAACCAACUUUAUAUUUAUUUGUGAUUAGUACUUCCAUGGAGGGAUCUCCACCUUCAUCGAUGAGUGAUUUUUCUGAUUACAUUUCCACUCAAAAGGCAAUGACUGUAUUUUCAAAUCCUAAUUUUGAAUAUUCAAUUUUCGGAAAUGGAAAUUCAAAUUAUGAAGAAACCUAUCAACAAGCAUCAAGACAAUUUAAAGAAGUAUUAAUAUCUAAAUUCAAUAGAAACCCACUCAUUGAAUGUAGAGAAGGAGAUCAGUCUGAAGGAAAUGCAGAAUCUGAAUUUGAAGAAUGGGAAUCUUCAAUCAUUCAUUAUUUCAAAAGGGAUGAUUGA